ACCACUCUGCCAGGGUUAUAACCGUUGUACACUGUGUACCGGGACCGAAUGAUGUUGAGAUGUCUCCGAUUAUGGAAAAGGAAUCCGACGAGGAUGGGAUUCGAACCCACGCGUGCAGAGCACAAUGGAUUAGCAGUCCAUCGCCUUAACCACUCGGCCACCUCGUCGUGUGUUGCUACGAGGUUGAGAUAUUGUUCCUCAUCAUCCUCGGCAGUGUUAAACCUCAGACUAAAGAUGGUGGACUCCCAGUACUACCUUCCAAAUGACAUCGGUGUCUCUGCUCUCGACUGUGGCGAGGCCUUCCGUUUGCUUUCACCUCAGGAGAAGAUGUACGCCCACUACAUGUCACGAGCCGCUUGGUAUGGUGGUCUGGCAGUGCUGCUGCAGACGUCCCCAGAGUCAGCAAACAUCUUUGUCUUGCUGCAGAGAAUCUUCAAGAAGCAGACGCCUGCACAGCUGGAGCAGGUCGCCACAGCAGCUGGACUCAGCUCUGAGGAAUACCAGGCAUUCUUGGUGUAUGCAGCUGGUCUGUAUGCCAACAUGGGAAACUACAAGUCUUUUGGAGACACCAAGUUCAUCCCAAAUCUACCCAAGGACAAGCUAGAAGCUCUGGUGAAGGCCAGCCAGGCGUUUCAGGAGCAGCCCGCUGAGAUGGAGGCUCUGUGGGACAGCUGCUCGUGUCCCCUGUACUCCCUGGAAGACAGACAGAAACAGCUGGGGCUGGGAGACAAGGGCAUUACCACCUACUUCUCAGGAAACUGCUGCCUGGAGGAUGCUGAGCUGGCUCAGAAGUUCCUUGACUCAAAAAAACUCUCAGCUUACAACACCCGACUGUUUAAGAGGGAAAAUGGAGGUAAAGCCUGCUAUGAGGUGCGCCUGGCUUCAGCUGUGCAGAAAGACUGCGCAGUGGAGGGGGAAUGCGAGUCAUGCUGCGGCAGCUUCAACUUUGAAGACAAAGAGUUCACUGUGAAGAGGGGAGACUAUGCUCCUGUCAUGGAGAAGGUCGCUUAUUACCUUAAGAAAGCACAGGCCUAUGCUGCCAAUGAGAACCAGAAAAAGAUGCUCGAGGAGUACAUCCGCAGCUUCACCUUUGGCUCAAUUGAGGCCCAUAAAGAGGGCUCACGCUACUGGAUCAAAGACAAGGGACCAAUUGUUGAGAGUUAUAUAGGUUUCAUAGAGAGCUACAGAGACCCAUUUGGCUCCAGAGGAGAGUUUGAAGGUUUCAUUGCGGUUGUGAACAAGGCCAUGAGUGAGCGCUUUGCCAAACUGGUGAGCUCUGCAGAAGUCUUGCUCCCUGAGCUGCCCUGGCCGAGGGAGUUUGAGAAGGACACUUUCCUCAAACCCGACUUCACCUCGCUGGAUGUUCUCACCUUCGCUGGCAGUGGAAUUCCAGCUGGCAUCAACAUCCCCAACUAUGAUGACAUCAGACAGUCGGAGGGCUUUAAAAACGUGUCACUAGGCAACGUGCUGGCUGUAGCUUAUGCUACGCAAAAAGAGAAGCUCACCUUCCUGGAGGAGGAGGACAAGGACUUGUUUAUCAAGUGGAAGGGCCCAUCAUUUGAGGUACAGGUUGGACUACAUGAGCUGCUGGGCCAUGGGAGCGGCAAGCUGUUUGUCCAGGAUGACAACGGCAAGUUCAACUUUGACCAGAGUAAAGUAACCAACCCAGAGACUGGCGAACCUGUGUCCAGUUGGUAUCGGGGCAGCGAGACAUGGGACAGUAAAUUCUCCACCAUUGCUUCCUCUUACGAAGAAUGCCGCGCUGAGUGUGUGGGACUCUAUCUGUGUCUCAACAAGGAAGUGCUCAGUAUUUUUGGCCACGAGGGCCAGGAUGCGGAGGACGUGGUGUAUGUCAACUGGCUGAGCAUGGUCAGAGCUGGACUGCUGGGCCUGGAGUUCUACACACCUGAGAGCAAGAGCUGGAGACAGGCACACAUGCAGGCUCGUUUUGUGAUCCUGCGUGUUCUGCUGGAGGCCGGGGAGGGCCUGGUGGGCCUGGAGGAAGUGACGGGACAGGACGGCAAGCCUGACGCUCGAAUCACACUGGACAGAAGCAAGAUCCACACUGUGGGCAAGAAUGCCAUCCACAGGUUCCUCCGUAAACUGCAGGUCUUAAAGGCCACAGCAGAUGUGGAAGGAGGCAGGGCUCUUUAUGACACUUACUCCACUGUCAGCGACAGCGGUGCUCACAACUUCUUGCGUCUCCGGGAGACGGUGCUGCUGAGGAAGGAAGCUCGUAAGAUGUUUGUCCAGGCCAACACCAGGGUCAAUGGGGACAGCGUCGAGCUGAUCGAAUACGAAGGCAGCGCAGCAGGUUUGAUUCGCUCCUUCACCGAGCGCUUCCAAGACGACGCAGAGCAGCUGGAGGCCAAUCUCUUGGAGCUGAACAAAAGAGACUCUCCCUGCUGGUGCUGAUGGAUAGAUGGAUAAUCUGCUCCAUGGGCUUCAAAAAUACCAACUGUAAUCUUUUUUUCUUUUUUUACAGUAUACAAAAGUAAAUUGAUUCUUAAUGGAUGUUAAAACACAAAACUGCAUAAUAAUCCAAAUCCUUUUACUAUAGACUUCUGAAGAGACUAAAUUAAAGUUUCAUACAGUACAAUAAAGCCAUAAGACUAGAACAGAUCUGCCAAAGACACCAGCCACAGUUUUUCUAGCCACGACUCAGAUCCAGGGUCAGGUGCUGUCUUUGAUAACACAAUCAAACACAAAUAAAUGAGCUGAUACAGCAUUAUCACUCUUUUAAUAGCAUGUAGGACACAUUUUUCUGAUAAGACGUGCUGAGAACUGUCCUUUAGACUAAUGCUGGCUGAUGAUGAGAGCAGUUCUUAGGUAUAAAUGUGUAAGUGACUGCAGGUAGGUUUUACUUUGCAGUCAUGGCAGGGUCAGAAUUUGGCUAUAAAUCUUCACAAAUGACUGAGACAUGUUUUGUCCGUACGUAAAAUGAUUUCCAUGAAUUGAUUUUUACAAAAUUAUUCGACCUUUACAGUAAGUUGAAUGCUUGUCCAGCCUUGGUGUUGAUGGCAAUAUGACAGGUUAAGACUGUUAACUAGCUGUCAUUGCAGCUCAGUGUUGACUAUAAGGCAAAUUAUACUUAGUGGUUUGUUUGUUUUCUUGCCCAUGUUUGGUAUAAAGAAGUCAUGGCUUAUUACUUGACUGUAUAAAAUAUUGCUGUGUCUGGGAGGCCUAAAAGAAAAGCUGUAUGCAAGAAAUGUGGUGUUGAAUCUGCACAAAUAAAACUUGUUUGAUAAGA